GCCUGUCAGACAACGCUCGGGGCACCACUCACACAUACACACGGUCCACGCUUGUAGCUAUGGAAACUCGUCGAUGGCAACAUCCACCAGUCAGUUCGGAGCCCAUCCUCAUACCUCUCAGAGGUGCUGAGCGUGUGCAGCUGUACGGCGGUCCCUGAAUGAAACGCUGCAAGAUGGCGAUGGCGAGACUCGUCGCCUGCAUUGUUCUGUACACCAGCCUAGGCCACAUUCCAUCAUCGCUUGGGGUAAUCCUUCGAACCACAGACAAGAUUGUUUGGGCAAAUGAGUUUGAGCCCAUUGAACUGACCUGUUUAAUAGAGUCUAUCUCAACAAACAACCCCAGGAUAGAGUGGAAGAAGAUCAAAAAUGGCAUUCCCAGUUACGUGUACUUCCAGAACAAGAUCUCAGGGGACCUGGAGAACAGAGCCCAGCUCAGAGAGCCAGCCAACAUUCUGAUCUUCAACACCUCUCGGGCCGACACCGCCGAGUAUCGCUGCGAAGUGGCCGCCAUCGAAGAUCAGAGGGACUUUGAUGAGAUUCUUAUUAGUCUCGCAGUUCGAGUGAAACCCGUUGUGCCGCGGUGCAGCGUGCCGGAGUCUGUCACCGUGGGAACGUCAACGGAGCUGCGAUGUUUGGAGAACGAGGGCUUCCCGGCCCCUCAGUACCGCUGGUUCCACAACAACGAGGAGCUUCCUCAAGAUCCAAAAACCAGCCAGAGAUUUGUCAACUUCUCCUACAUUAUCAACCCGGACACUGGAAGCUUGAAAUUUCGACGUGUGAAGAAAGAGGACGCAGGCGAGUACUACUGUCAGGCGAAGAAUGACGCUGGAAACGCUCAGUGUUCUCCAAAAGUAAUGGAUGUCUGUGACGUUGACGUCCUUGGAAUUUUCCUCCAGUCUUGCGGCGGACUGAUGGCAGUUGUCACUUUGAUAUUUGUGAUUUAUUUAAUGAAACGUUUGUGCUGUUACAAAAGUGUUUACAAUGGAAACAAUUACAAUACUCCUGCACAGGCUCCUGCUAUUGACUAUGCUGAUGCAGACGAGGGUCAUUUUCGGCACAAGUCUUCAUUCAUCAUUUGACAACAAUCACAGGGAGAAGCAGAAAUAAACAUUCUUAAGGUUACCUAGCAACAAUGAUGCGCAAGCUAACGAAGUUUAAGAUGUAACAUGGCACAUUUCCUCUCGGAUGCACAUUAACUCAACUGACUUGCCAAAGUAUUCAUUCAGUUUGUGGCACCAAAUAUUUUUACACCUCAGAUUUGGUUGUUUUUCCUGUUAUGUUUUUUUUUGAACGUAUUAUUGUUGUUGUUGUCAAACCACUCGUUUCAUGUUCAAGUUCAUUUUCCAACAUUUUUGUAUUGUACAAUGAAAGCAUUUCAAAGCUGUGAAAUUUGAUAUUUGGCCCUCAGUGUUAUCACAAGUUACUGUAAGCUACAUCCCCCCUCUCCAUUUUUUUUCCAAAUAAUCCAUUUUUUAUAUGAUGUUUCAAGUUUUUUACUGAGCAAACUUGUUUUUGAAAACUCUUUUACAUUAGAUCAAAAGCUGUCCUCAAUUGUUUCACCUACAAAUCGUCUCACUUACGAACGAUCGUUGUAUAUAUUGUAGAUACGCAGGCUUAAAGUAGCAGACUGCUAAAGGCUGAUCCAGAUCCAACUCAUAAGGCACACUGUAUCAGCCCUUUUUUUUAUUAUUAUUUUUUUUUAAAACAUGUUCACAAAUGUUAACAAGUACAGAAAUAAACGAUACAUUUGAAAACUGUAUGCCACACUAUGCUGCAAAGUCUAUAUGUACCAUUAAGGUGUUAAAGUUGGGAUUUUUGGAGUGCCGUUUCUGUGUAUAAGUGACCUUUUUGUGCUUUACAAGUUGUUUUUUUUUGGGAUGUGAGUAUUGGACAUAUUGUCCAGUUGUGAUUCAGUAUAAUAUGUACUUAUACACAUACUCUUUUGAUCUUUUGAUUUAUUACAAUGCACUCCAUGACUUAUUGUGUAUAUCGAAAUAACCCUGUUUGUCGGAAAUAAAUUUCACUGUAUUUACUAAGUAUGUUUUCGCAGUGUUUGCGUCUGUCGGUAACAACAGCUAUGUCUGCGCAGGCGUGCGCAAAUGUUUUUGUGUAACAACUCAGGAACUGUUAUGAAACGUCUGCUGUUCAUUUGAUAUUAACGUUACGUGUUGUUAUUUUGUUACUAUUAAAUACGUUUCGACUGCACAAGUAAA